CUUCUCUUGACUUCAUCCCCUUGGUGAACUGGGAUUCUCUCCAUCACAGAAAAUGUCUUACUGCCCGCCCCAGGAUGGCUAUUAUGAUAUAUGCCCACGCCCAUGUAUUGACGUCCGCAACGAGCCGUGUGUCACAUCAUGUGGCGAUUCGAGUGCAGUGGUUUAUGCGCCACCAGUUGUUGUGAGAUUCCCAGGACCAACUCUCGCUACUUACCCUCAAGACAGCAUUGUGGGAACAACCUUACCAAAUUUCCCAUAUAUUUCUAGUGGAGGUUUCAGAGGCUCAAUUGGUUCUGGGGGUAGUUAUGGUGGUGUUUAUGGGGGAGGUUACAAUGGUGGUGGUUACGGGGGAGGUAACGGUGUUGUUUAUGGGGGAGGUUACAAUGGUGGUUAUGGGGGUGGAGCCGGGGGUGUUUAUGGGGGUGGAGCCGGGCGUGGUUAUGGGGGUGGUUAUGGAAGCUCAUAUGGUUAUGGGGGCUCAUGUGGUUAUAGCAGGAAGUCAUAUCGUAGCAUUGUGGGGGGAGGAUAUUCUGGGUCCGGCAUUGGAAAUUGUGGGCCAUGUUAAACCCAGAAGAAUGAUCCAUGGAAUGAGAAACAAUCAGGAAAUGACAAGAUAGAGAUUCACAGCUGAUCUAAUGGACAAUGAUGCCUACAACUCUACUUGCAGACUCUGGGUGUUCAUCACCUCUGUAAAUCAGGCCUAUCGGUCUCUUCCACUUGUUACUUAUUAGUGUAGGUUUGUGAUCCAAUGGUUUUGCAGCUUAGUCUUAUGCUCCUAUUGUGCUUUGCGCUACUUGAUGUUGAACUGGCUAAAACAAGUCACUUGGUUGAAAAAGGGACGUGAUUUUCAAAGUCAGCAGCUUCAAGACAGAAAGCAGAUCAUCUUGUGUGAAAAGCAUCACUUUGGAGCGGGUGACUGGUUCUUGCUCGUAUUGUAACCCUGAAAAUACAUUCUUUGUACUCUGCAUUAAUUCAUUCUGCAAGUGUGUGCUCCACGGCUCAUUCCCAUUAAAAAUUAUUCUGCAUCAUA